AUGCCGUCACAAGACUUGCAUACACGUGAGGAUAGGGACCAUCCCCAUCGCUCAGAGGACCGUAGGCAUGACUACAAGCGCCAGUCAAAUCGGGAAAGGGAACACGAUCGCUCAGAGGGCCAUUCUUCUCGACACCGGUCGAAUCGACAUGAGCAUGAUCGAGACAGACAUUAUCACCAUCACCACCGUCACCGUCAAGAUCGGCACUCACAUCGAAGCCAUCGUUCUUCGUACAGUGAUGAAAAAGGCAAUGAGCGACAAUCCCGAAACAAUCAGGACCAAGACUUUACGUCACAACUGGACACACGUCCUACCACAACCACGGCUCCUACGCUGCAAAGAGAUGAUUGGAUGUUAGGAGGUUCAGACUCAAAUACGGCCCAAGAUGAAGACAUGUUCAGUACUUUCGGUUAUGAUCGCACGAAGGCGUCUCGACCCGAAAAAGCUGACCCAGAAAAACUUCAAAUCAGCUCGCGGGAGCUGAAUCCGAUGUUUGUAAAUCCACCUCAUGGUGACGCAUCUCGAGGGGCGAGCCAGCCAAAGAAGCAAGAGUAUGGCGCUCCUGGUUAUAAAUGGCGCUUAAUGAAACUGCAGCGUACAUAUGACAUGGCGGACCAGCGUGGUGUGCCUGUGGAAGAAAUUGCCCUGGAACGAUAUGGUUCCAUGGAUGCAUUUAAUGAAGCACGCGCAGAGCGACAGUUCAUCGAGGAUCGAGAUCAAGGCAUUCCUUCAACGCAGGUAUCAAAGCCAUCCUCUUCUUCCGCUUUCCGGCGCCCUGGGCAAGCUACGUCUUCUGUCCCUUCUUCUUCCUCUUCAUCCCGUACCCCCUCUACCCGCUCUCCUGCGCCUUCUAUUUCUAUACCCAGCGUGAUGCAAUCGUCGCAUGCCACCAACUCUACUCGAACAGCAGCGAUGAGCAUCAGCGAUCUCAACAAACUUGAGGCACAGGUGCUUCGUGCUGAGCUUACAAAUCGCCCUGACGCAGCCAAUUUGCGAUCUAAACUGGAAGAGGCUCGUUCAAGCACCCUUGAGCGCGAUGCAACCCACCAGGUAGAAGUUGUUCCUGUGUUGGACGGGUAUGGUCGUCUGUAUGAUUUGGGCACAGGAACAAAUGAAGAUCAAAAUCCUUCAGAACGACCAAGCAAGCGCUCCAAGGUAGAAGCAGAACCGGAGGACUUGUCGUUGUCCGAACUUGUGCGCCAAGAGAAAUUUAGCGCAGGUCGGGCAGAUCAAAAAGAUGCUGAUGCGAUGCUUGCUCAUCAAAUUAUGGCAGAUCAAGGCUUUGAAAAUGAUUUGGACUACAUGGAUGAUGAGGCCAAGCGUUUUUCGCGUAAGAAAAUGAAAGACGAUGCUAUGAAGCGACUGUUUGCAGUACAAGACUUUGCACGUACAAAGCGCGCCUUAGAUGAGUGCCCCUUCUGCUGGCAAGAUGAUGGACGUACGCCUCCCCAGGCUCAUAUUGUGUCCAGUGGGACUUGUGUGUAUUUAGCAUUGCCAGAUCGCGAGCCGUUGGUUGAAGGGCAUUGCUGGAUUGUACCUAUGCAGCACCAUAUCAGCUCUCUUGAUGUGGAUGAAGAUGGCUGGACGGAAAUUCGCAAUUUCAUGAAAUGCUUGAUUAGCAAAGCUGCUGCACAAGGCCAAUCGAUGGUAUUUUUCGAGACUGUCAUGUCGCUUCGACAGCAAAAGCAUACCUAUUUGGAAGCGAUCCCGCUCCCUAAUGAUGUAUUUUCACAAGUGCCUGCUUAUUUCCAACAGGCGCUUAGCGAGGUUGAAUCGGAAUGGGCCGACCACAAAAGCGUAAUUACAUUCUCUGAAUCGCGCCCUUUUCAAGGAAGUAUGGUCUCCAGGUUGCCAUACUUUAUGAUUCAAUGGGACUAUAAGGGGCAGCGUGGCUAUGGCCAUGUGAUUGAAUCACGUCAAGGCGAUCCUGGCCGUUUUGCUCCCUCUGGCAAGGAUGAAGUUACAUACGAAGAUGGCGACCAUGUAGGUGGCACUGGAUUCCCAAAAAACUUUGCACAUGAGAUUCUAGGCAAUAUGAUGGAUCUGGAGCCCUAUCGUUGGCGACGUCCCAAGCAUCUAGCAGGUGCCUCUCAACAGAUUGAGCGCUUCCAAGCAACUUGGGCGCCCUAUGAUUGGACACAAGAGCUUUCAUAG